CUCACACUAGGAGGCUGAGGGUACUAGGCAGCCCAGGCUGGGGAGCUCCCAGCCCCAGGGUGCCCGCCCCACCUGGGCCCCUGUGUUGGGCAGGCUGGGUCCCCUUAGCUGUGUGCUUGGGGUGGGGUGGGGGCCACCAGAGACUCUGGCCCAUGUCCUGGUGCUCCAUUUCCUCAGCUACAGGCAGGGCACUGUGUUCUUGGGGGCUGGUGGAGGUGACAUUUGCAGCAGCCCAUGUGAAUGGCGUGGCCCUGGGCAGCCCUGGCCCUUGAGCUUCGGUCUCCCUUCUGUAAGAGGCGGUAGGCCUCUCCAGCUGUUUCCUGCCUGUGCUCAGGUUCUGUGGAAGCCACCUUGCUAGCGCUACUGUGGUUUCAUGGGGUGCAAGGAGUGUGGUCUUGAGUCCUUGUGCAGGGAUCUGGCCUCAAGGCCUGGUUUUUCUUCUUGGCGGUCCUGGGAAGGGGUGCCUGGGGGGUGGUGGGGUGGUGGCGGCCGCACAGCACAGCUUUGUCCCCAGGCAAGCCUGAUGGCUAACUGCCAGGCACCGCGCAGGCCCUGGUUGGCCUCCCAUAUGAGCACCGUAUUCCUCACUCUGCUCUGCUUCCCAUCCUUCCUGGGGGCCGCCGUCUUCCUGUGCUAUGCUGUCUGGCAGGUGAAGCCCUCGGACACCUGUGGCCCCUUCCGGAGCCUGAACCGCAUGUAUGAGGCCGGUACCAUGUGGGCACGGCACCUGGAGCAGGUGGGCCCUGGGGCCUCAUGGCUGUCCUGGCUGAGCCGGUACCUAGUGGAGAACACCUUCUUACUCUUCUUGGCAUCGGCCCUGCUGUUGGCGGUCAUCUACCUCAACAUCCAGGUGGUCAAAGGCCAGCGGAAGGUCAUCUGCCUCCUCAAGGAGCAGAUCCGCAAUGAGGGGGAAGACAAAAUCUUCUUGAUCAACAGGCUUCAUUCUGUCUAUGAGAAGAAGGAGAGGAGCAGCAGGGCUGGUAGAGCUGUGGAGACUGCAUCACCCACCCUGGUCACAGGUGCUCGGGACAAACGAUAGGACGGCAAGGACUCAUCUAGAACCCGCUACUCUCAGUGCCAUGGCCCUGCGGGCAGAGACGUGGACCUAAGGCCCGAAGAGACACCAGGAUGGUGCAGUGAUGGCUUCUCCUAUAGGCUGCAGCUGGGCCAAGACAAAAGUGGAUGGGUGGGCAGGUGGGCUUGGGUUCCCCCACGGGAUCCUUCCUUCCCCCACCCAGCUCUGCCCUGC